CCAGCAAGACCGUCGGAGCCGGUCCGAACUCCGUGUCACGCUGGGUGGGGGAGCGGAGGCUCGGGGAAUGAGUCUCUCAUCUGCGGGGUUCCUGGAACCCCGCCCCGCCACCCCAGCCUUGGGUUGCCGUGGAUACUCGCGAUCCGCUUCUCCCGUCGCGUUGUCCAAGUGUAAUACUGGGAACCAAAAAUUUUGAGAUUUAAUCGUUGCUGGAGAUAGCAGGGAAAGAAAAAAGCAAGAACUGGGCUUGAGGAAUGAAGAGAGAGUGAUGCUUUUUCUAAAAAGCAAAAGUGGCCUGUUUGAUCCGGCUUCUGGGGCUCUGUCCCAGUGUGAAGCCGCUGGGCUCUGGUUCUUUCCCUCAGCCCUGCCUCCGCGCGGGGCGAUCCCAGGAGCAUUCUUUGCGCGUGUGCUCCUAGGGUGUCUGGAGAACCACUUGGAGGUACAGGCUCGCCAGCUAAUGAGAGUUGCAUCACCUUAUUUCACCGAUGAUAACUUUUGGGGGCCACUAGUAAUCAGUUUAGCAGACAGGCUUUUUCUAAUUCUCUGAGAAGGGGUCCGUAUCUUUUCCCAGUCCAUAGAAUUAGAGAGAUCAAGAACACUGAGCCAGAGGACCAGAAUACUGCCUUGUACUUCCUAACCACUAGGUAGUUUGCUCAGGUAAUUAGCUGCCUGGGCCAAAGUCUAGCGUUCUCAUUGAUUACAAUUACUUCUUGAUUAUUCAGAUAGAAAUAGCCAGUUUAUGGUAUUCCACUACCUGCAUUUCAUGUCAGAGGAGAGUGGAAAGAGUGAUACAGGUGAGGUUUUAAAUAUUAGCAACAGAGCUUGGAAAGAGAGAGAUUCGAAUCCAUGUCUGAAUGCCUGUAGGGUAUCACAAAAUGUCAACUGAAUUAAACUAGUUCUGACGUUCUAAGAAUACGAUAUCAGAAAAAGUCUAAAGGAGCAGCAUAACUGGGUCAUUGUAACCUUGUAUGAAUUUCUGAUGUGAGUCGCAAUUUUUUUUUAGCAUGGAUGCCUUUUGAUAGUAUGAAACAUAUUCUUGAUAGAAAAGUGAGCAUGUGUAUAAAAUUUGCCUAUAAUGCACAGAACUCACAAACACUCUCCAGAUAAGUGAUGGUGAACCUUUUAGAACUUUCAGUGAUACAAACAGCCUUGUGCACCAUGGGUGCCAUAGGUUUGACACCAGUGGCCCAGAUUGUAGGCUAAAAAUGACUUGGUCAAGUAAGUGGAAAUAAAACAGCCUUGAAGGAAUAGCUGUGAUCAUGACUUCAGAAUUGCUUUAGAGAUGUGACAUCUGAUAGCCUUCUUUAGUUCAAUGAAUGCCAAGUUAGUAGAGUAACUGUACUUAUUGGUAAUAAAUACUGUAGAACUUCUGGGAACAGUUGAAUAAUCUCCUUAAUAUGUAACUGUUAAUUACUAUACUAAUAUCUCUUGAAUUUUUAAAGAAAAAAAUUAUUCAAUUAUUAACAAAUUACUAUACUAAUAUCUCUUGAAUUUUUAAAGCAUUACAGUGUGGCCAUAGAGCAUGAUUUGAAAGUAGCUUUUUAGAAUUGGAUUCAAUUACAUGAAGUAGUUUGGAAACAUGUUAUAAGAUGGGCCUACGCAGAGAAAAUAAUCUGUUUUCAUCAGUUUUAGAAAUUCAGACUUUGUGUUUUUUCAGAUUUUCUUCCUUCCCCUUUCCACUUGGUACUCAUCCAUAGCAUUCAAGACAGAAUUGAGGUGUCCUCAGAACAGCAUUUCACUUCUUUGGCUUCCUCCUCUGAACAGACGUUCCAUCCUUGCAGGCUGAUUUCAGUAUCUUCACCCAGAUUUUAACAUUAUGGCAGGAAGGCAUCAGAAUCGCAGUUUCCCCCUCCCUGGAGUACAGUCUAGUGGUCAAGUACAUGCUUUUGGAAAUUGUGCAGACAGUGAUAUUUUGGAGGAGGAUGCUGAAGUAUACGAGCUUCGAUCCAGAGGAAAAGAGAAAAUCCGAACAAGUACAUCAAGAGAUAGACUUGACGACAUUAUCUUAUUAACAAAAGACAUACAGGAAGGAGACACUUUAAACGCAAUAGCCCUUCAGUACUGUUGUACGGUAGCAGAUAUCAAGAGAGUUAAUAAUCUCAUCAGCGAUCAAGACUUUUUUGCCCUUAGAGCUAUCAAAAUUCCAGUUAAAAAGUUCAGUUCAUUGACUGAGUCACUUUAUCCUCCAAAAGGAAGACAGGCUUCUCGGCCUUCACCUGUCCAUUAUGCUCCUGAACAACAGGAAAUCCUGUCAGCAAAUGACUGUCUUUCUUCCAGUGAGUCAGCUGGUAGCUUCUUAAAAGAAGUGGAUCGAGACAUAGAACAGAUAGUGAAGUGUACAGACACCAAGAAGGAGAACCUCAAUGAGGUAGUGUCCGCCCUGAGCACGCAACAGAUCCGUUUUGAACCUGAUAACAAAAACACAAGAUGUAAGGAUCCCUAUUAUGGAGCGGAUUGGGGAAUAGGGUGGUGGACAGCCGUGGUGAUAAUGCUGGUCGUAGGUAUAAUAACACCAGUGUUUUAUUUGCUGUACUAUGAACUCUUAGCGAAGGUGGAUGUUAGUCACCAUUCAACAGUGGACUCUUCACAUUUGCAUUCAGGAAUCACACCCCCAUCACAGCACAAAGAAAUGGAAAGUGGCAUCACUCCCACCAAAGGAAUCCAUGGUGGACAACAAGAAGGCCAUGGCCUGUAUGGGGAUUCUCAGCCAGCGGCAGCUCAGCGUGAAGCAUAGCUCUUGGCUCAUGGCAUUGUGUCUGCAGGGCAAUGAAGCGCUUACAUUCAGUGACCACUGCAGAGGCAGAAUGCGGGGCGACUGAUGAUGCUUUGUGUUUGUUCUACCUAAAACUUUUUGAGCAUUUGUAAGUGGAGUAUAUAUGAAAUCCCUGCAGUUCCUGGUUGUUCCACUACAGAGCACUGAAUCCGGAAGUCUUAUAUCAAUACUUAAAGGAAAAAAAUGAAUUUGAAUGUUUGUUUAGGAAGUUCUUAGAACAUGAGCUAUUUUUCUUCUUAAGUCUAAAUUUGACUUUUCAAGUAAUUUUUUUAUUGAAGGUUAUUCAUGUGACUUUUCAGAAGCAGAAUAGUGAUAGUAUCAGAUGUCUAUAACUGAAGAAAAUUUACUACUGGGAACCACCAAAUUACUUUGUUGCAAAACAGUUUGAUUUUAAAAUUAUUUGACAUGAAUAUUUUCCUUUUUGAAACUUUUAUUAAAAAACACAUUUGACACCUCUGUUAGCAAAGAGAAACAUGCUUAAUUCUGAAAGAGGCUAAGGUGCUGGGGAUGUAACUCAGUGACACAGCUCCUUCCUGGCAAGUGCAAGGUCCUGAGUUUUAUUCCUGGUGCAAAGGAAAAAAAGUGAAAUUGAAAGAAGCUAAGAAAUAGAUUAAAUGUAUUUUUAAGACCACGAAGAUAUGUGGUACAGUUGAAAUUUUGGUCCUUGAUCACCAGAAUGCUGGAAUAAGUUAAAGCUAAAAUAAUUUUUCUCUUAAAGAAUGCUUUAAGACAGAUCCUCACCUCUGCUGUUUUGAAUUGAUAGUUGAAAGCACUUUGCAGUUUUUCAGUGAAGUGUUAUGGUACAGAUUAGCAUUAAUUAGAAAUGUAACUUCUUACAUACUGUGAUAAGUCUUUGCUGUUACAUAGAGUAACAUGCCUUAAUUACAUUUAAUGCCUUAUAUACACUUUAUGUAAGUGGAUGUAAGUUUUAGAAUUGAAGUAGAUUUCACAUGGUCCAGUUGGAUUCAGUACAUAGGCUAUAUAAAUUGCACCCUACUUUUACUUUGAAGCACAAGUUAAAGGAGUCAGUAGAAGUCUUUAUUAUUUGCUUGUGAGGUCUGCUGCAGAAAAUGUUAAGCAAAAACAAGAAGCAUUUUCUAUUAAGAGAGAGAUUGCUUCACUUGUGGGUUCCAUCACUUCGUUUUCCAGAGAAAAAUGUUCAGCUAAGCCUUUGCCCACUGAAAUCCAGUGUCCGCUUGUGGAACACAGGCCACGGGUACAAGGACUGGUAAAAGGGCUUGGUGGCGCCUCCCUCUAGACGGCCCCAUAACAGCCACAAUCUGGCUAAUCAGCAGUGGCAUACUGACUUCUGUGCUUCACUUUUUAAAAAGUACCUGUUUUUAAAAUUAAUUCACUAGAAGAGAGUCUUAGUGAAGGCUGGAUUGGUUAUUUUGUGUAAAAUACAGUAUUCACAUUUUCUGGGUAUUGCUUCACAAUUUUUAAAGAUCCAGCUUUUUGAGCAGUCAUUUUAGAUCUCAAGCUCCAAUCUUAAUACACUUUUAGUAGUAUUUUCAGGAAAAAAAGCAUCCUAGAGAGACAGAUCAAAUAGUCCAAAGCCUCGCAUGUAUGAGAGUUGCAUUUUCUUCCAAAAAGCGUUUAAUAGGGAAGUUGCAAUGAAUUGAUUGUCUUGGGACAUUGUAAGUAAUUUUAAAUUAUUUUAGUGUGCCUUGGACAUCUUGGAAAGAGGAGUGAUCUUCUGAUUUAUGCUCGGUGUUGACUAGACCAGUUUACUGUUCAUUAAGCCACUGAAAAGUCCAAAUGUAGAGUAGAACAUGCAGACUAUGUCAAGACAGAACAAGCUAGAUGUCCUUCGAAUACUAUGUAAACAUCAGAUUGGUCAAAUUAGGUUCACUGAUUCCCUUGUUAGUUUUACAUUGAAAUUGUGAUGGAGGGGUCUGAUUCAAGUAAGGUCAUGUUUAAUUAUUAAAACUUUUGUCUUGCAGAGUAUCCUUUCUGAAGGAAAUAUAUCGUAUAUCCUGAUGAUGCACAAUCAGGCAAUUUUUUUCUAUAUAUUUCAAUUAUAUAUAUAUUUAAAGAAUUUGAACUAUAUGUAAUUCUAUAUACAGGUUAUAUAGAAAAUUAGUUUGAUUUUUGUUUUUAAAAAUAUCCUAAAAUAUUAAAUGGAAUUCAGAAUUUUAGCUUUUUAAGAAUACUGAUAUACAUUAAAUUUGUAGCACAUACACAUUGUCAUAUAACUAGAUAACAUAAGCACAAGUACUGUUUGAUAGUUGUGAAUUUUGUGAAGGCCUUUUUCGAAUUCAUUUUGAGGCUUUUAUAUCUGUUUGCAAAUCUAAAGUAAUGGAGUUGUGAAUCACUGCACAGUGGCUCACUUAGAAGUUUGGAAUAGCAAAAUGAAAAAUCUCAUAGUUUAGAGCUUUUUAAACAAUGUGUGGGUGACAUGGUUAAGUACUGAACUAAACUUUGCCCAUUUAAGUGAAAUAUUUUGGCUGCCCACCUCUAACGUGGUUUGCUAGCCACAUUAAGAAUUAGAAGCCUAGUGUCCUGUCCAGCGGUCUUCUUGAGAGGACUUUAUGACUUCUAAAGCUUUUUGCCUGGACUCUGCCUGCUUGUUCAGUGGCCUUAAGUCCUUUUCAGUGAACCACUGUUUAGUAACUGAUUUUCUUGAAGAUCUACUUCUAGCUGGAAAUAUGAAGGAUGCAGUUACAAGUAUGAAGCAGAGACCCAUCCAGCAGGGUUACAGGGCAGUUGGAGGUGUUUUAUUUUUGUUGUGUGGUGCUGAGAAUUGAACUCAGGGCCUGCUGUGUGGUAGGCAGAUGCUUUACUGCUGAUCCACGGCCACAGCCCAAGGGGAAAUUCUCAAGUCUAUUCUUAAAUAUGGUGCAUUAUGACAGAAAUCACUGUUAUUUUGAAUUACAACAAUGUUGCUCAGGAAAUCAGUAUUUUUCUUCUAAGUAUGUGCAUAUUGCACUAUUAUAGAAAUAUCUGAAUGCUUUAUUUAAUUUCAUUUUAUGUAUGCAAACUAAGUUUUAUAUAAUGUAUUUUGUACAAUUGGGAAUAUUAGCAUGUACCUCUGUAAAACUUUAAAAAAAUUUUUUGCCCUUUAUUCAUAUUUUAAAAGACCUGAAAAUGUAAUAAAGUCUCUAUUUUAUUAUUCAA